CUGUCCCCUGCAAAAGAAGACGCUCCACCGCCUGCGUCAGAUUUGAACUCAUGGACGGAAAAGCGGUUCUUCGGUAAACUGGAGGAUAAUGCAGCUUGGAGGACACAGGGACAGAUCUUAAACGAGAGGACACGUCUGGCUCCCCCAUGGCGGCUCCCACCCUGCAGCCGCCCAGUUUCUUACUGGCAAACCUCAAAGCCGAUGCCACCACCAAACCUCUGCUCCAGCGAUGCCACGACCUGGUGAAGAUCAUCGAUGAAUAUCCUGCUAAGGAGCUGCACCUGAUCUUCCCCUGGCUGGUGGAGUGUGUGUUUGGCAGCCUGGACGGCGUCCUCGCCGGCUGGAACCUGCGACUCCUGCACUCGAGAAGCAACGAGUACCACAUUGUUAUGGAUUUUCUACACCCCAGUGGGCCGAUGAUGAAACUUGUGUACAAACUUCAAGCAGAAGAGUACAAAUAUGAAAUACCCGUCAAUUAUCUCCCGGGUCCUGUGAAGGCCUGUAUCCAGGAAGGAGUCCUCCCCGACUGUCCACUGUUCCACAACAAGCUGCAGUUCCCCCUGUCCGGUCUGCUGAGCCUGAACCUCGCCCUCAAUCCAUUUGAAUUUUUCAUGUUUAACUUUGCCUACUGUCUCAUCACGCCAAAGAGCUACCCUCAAGGCCACCAUGGAAGCUCCACAGACAGUGCCUACUUCGUGCUGGUGGACACUUACCUGAAGUAUUUCCUCCCCAGUGAAGGGACGGUGCCUCCGUCUCCUUUCUCCGACUCCAGAGGUUCGGUCACUGCACCGUCACCGAGAUCUUCCAGCGUUUCCUUCGCUGGUUAUGGCGUCCACAGCCCCAGUCUCCUGAAACAUCACAUCUUCCAUCAGCCCUCAGUGAACGCAGAGCCCUCAGCUCAGGAGAUCUGGAGGUCAGAGACUCUGUUACAGAUGUUUGUAGAGGUCUGGCUUCAUCACUACUCAUUGGAGAUGUACCAGAAGCUUCAGUCUCCUCAGGUUAAGCUGGCCCUGCUGCAGUACCGCCUCAGUAUGUCCAGCAUGCCGUGCCAACCCCACGCCCCACCAGGCUCUGGGACCCUCCACACCUACCAAGAGCCCUUCACCCCGACAGAGGAGCACGUGCUGGUCGUGCGUCUCCUGGUGAAACAUCUGCACGCCUUCUCCAGCAGCCUGAAGCCCGAGCAGCUGUCGUCCUCGCCCUCGCUCCACUCGCACACGCACACCAGCCCGCUGGAGGAGUUCAAGAGAGUGGUGGUGCAGCGCUUCGUUCAGCAGAAGCUCUACCUGUUUCUUCAGCACUGCUUCGGUCACUGGCCUCUGGACGCCUCUUUCAGAGCCGUGCUGGAGACGUGGUUGAGCUACAUUCAGCCGUGGAGAUACACCGGGGAGAAGAUCCAGCCUCAGUCGGACCAAAACAGAACCGUACCUGACAAAUGGGAGUCGUUUGCUCAGGAGAACCUGCUCAUGUACACGAAGCUCUUCCAGGUCUUUCUGAACAGAACCGUGAGGACGGAUCUGGUCAACGCCAAAAACGCACUGAUGGUUUUCAGGGUCGCCAAAGUCUUCGCUCAGCCAAACCUUGCGGAGAUGAUCCAGAAAGGUGAGCAGCUGUUCCUGGAGCCGGAGCACGUCCUCCACCACCGUCAGCCCCGCGGCUACCUGACGCCGAGCCAGGGCGGCAGCUUCCUGUCGUCCCGGCAGAGGGUGGUGACGGACAUGGUGUUCAGGGUGAAGAGCCACGUCUAUUCCCUGGAGGGUCAGGACUGUCAGUACAAACAGAUGUUUGGCUCCGAGCUCAGAGGAGCAAUCAUGAAGUUGAUCCAGAUGAUUGCACAAGCCAGACAGACGGCCAAGAGGAUCUCGGAUCACUCCAACGAGGUGGCCGCCAGCUCCUCCUUCCUGUCCUGGUUUGGUUUGAGCUCCUCUGACCACAACAACACUUUCUCUGGAGCCGAGUCCGAGGAGAGCGGCGAGUGUCUGAAGAAGACCCACGAGUUCCUGGACAGAGCUCUGGAGAACCUGUGUCUGAUCUUCAAGCUGAACCAGGGGCAGCUGACUCAGCUCAUUUCAAACCUGGGUUCUUCUCAGGAUGACGGCAACUGCAAGCAGCUGCCAGACUGCAUCCAGGGAGAGAACGGGCUGAUCCUCACUGACCUGGGUCGGAGGCAGAUCAUCAAUGGACAGCGCAGGUUUGACCUUCAGUAUCAGGGCGACCCGGAGCUGCAGCCAAUCAGGAGCUAUGAGAACGCCCUGCUGGUCAGGCUGUUCUACAGGAUCUCCUCUCUGCUCAAUGACCGGUUCGGAGGACACAUGAGUGCGCUCUGCUCCCGGCCGGACUUCCUGGGCCGGCUCGGCUGUCACUACCUGACGAUUCCCGAUUCCACCACGAGGACGAGCCAGAGCCCGGUGUCUCGUCUGAGGCUGGAGAGGAACCGGCCCCCGAGGCUGAGCCUGCGCCCCCUGGCCAGCUACAGGACCAUUCUGCUGCUGCUGCUCCUCUACGUGCUCGGAGCGCUGCUGUCACUCGGCCCCGUGUCCAGCACGCUCAUCAUCCUCGCGGGGGGGCUCCUGUUCGGACUCUUCAUGACGUUGUUUGGAGACAAACUGAAAACGCACACUAACUGAGACCAGGAGUUUCUACACAACUGCAGAUAAAACACGAACACACACACGUGACAGUUUGGAUCAACGCCAUCUUGUCCUGGUUGUAAAACGUGUGUGAGAACUAUUGAACUAAGUGUUGACUGGUCCUGUUUGUGCGUCAUCGAUUAAUCCGCCAGUUGUUUACUUAACUCUUUGUUUGACCUGUAUAUUCAGAAAACAUUUUUCAUUUUCCUAAAGCCAAACUAGAGUCUUCAUUUAUCCAACCAUCAGUUUCAGACCGAGACUGUAAAUACAGAUGGACGACACAUCUCCACUUCCUGCCACUAUCCAGAAAGGAAGCCAAACAUUUCUGAUAGGAACGCUGCCAUCUUGUGCCGAUGACGUUUUGAGACUCUGCAGUAGUGAUUGUUGGAUGGAGCCUCCAAAGUGAGGUCCCACCCAAAAAUCACUGGUCUCAGCUGUCAAUCACGACGUCUCAGGCCGUUGUUAUAUCAUCCAAAAAUGUAUUAAAACCAAACGGAUCAGAAACAUGAACACUUUAUAUAAGGUUAUUUUUAAAGUCCCAUGUCAUACUGGUGGAAGCAGGGCUUAUAACCUACUGCAGCUAGCCACCAGGGGGAGACUUGACCUUCGAGCAGCCUUCAUGUCGUCCAUCGUUAUUCACAGUCUACAGUUAAAACCCAAAAUAUUCAAUUCAAAGUAAAAAUGAUAUGAAACAAGGUUUUAUAUUUGAGAACCUUGAAAAAGAAAAUGUAUUUUUUGUAUUUACAGAAAAUAAAAUGAUCGAUUUGGUUUUCAAUUCAGUUGAUUAAAGUUAUUUUUGUUACAGAGAAAAGUUACGAUGUUAGUUAAAUAACAGUUUAUCUUCACGUGUUUCUGUUCUUUUUCAAAACAGUUUCUUUAGGAUGUGUAGGAAUCCUGUUGCAUGAAUAGAAAUGUUUUUAUUUUGGCUUUUCACCGUUUUUAAAAUGUGCUUCAUGUGUAAAGAGAAAACUUUGCACACAAACAGUGUUUCCUCCCGGCUUUGUCUUUUUCACCAUUGUCAACAUUUAAAGAUUGAUUCGACUUGACAAAAUACUUUUUGUCCAAAAGGCUCAAUAAACUGUUUGCACUUGU